AUGGCCCACGUUUCUUACUCUCAGCUGGAGGAACCAAUUGCCCACAGCCCCAGCCAUCCAUCACCUACAUCCUCCUCAGACAAGGAAAACCCACGACAUUCAAACAAAAAAAGCACCGCCCAGAUGCCGUCAGCUAGCACAUCCAAACGUCGCCGUCUUACAGAUCGCACCUCCAAUACUCAGUCGCAAAUGGACUCGUCACGGCGCAAUAAUAGCACGAAAUACUAUGAUCCUGAUCAAGAUCCCGAGGAGCGAAGACGUAAUCGAAAGGGGUUUAGAGAUUUGCAACACGAUGUCCACACUUCACGAGCCGAGUUUAUGCGGACAGGCAAUGACGGAAUCAAGAAGACCCUUGAGAAGGCCAACGAACUGUAUGCUGGUGUAAAGCAGACGUCAGACGCCACUCUCGACUCACGCCUGCUCGUUAAUGUAGCGGAUCUCUCUCACAAAAAGACCGCACAAAUUGCGCUCGGGGACAACACUGCCGGUAUAGAUGUCGACGAAUUCGUCUCCAAGUGUAUUUCCUAUAUGCGCCGGGGACCUGAACUCUCGACUCUCACGCCUAACGCGGGAACACGCCGACGUCGCCAUGCUGCGACCCAGAGAGACCCGGAUGAUAGCGACGAGGCGGAUGAGGGUGACGCGAUGAACUGGGAUUGGCUAGGUCGAACCGCCUGUCUUCCUUGCAAUUCCCGGCCUACCGUAUCUGGAUGGCUGCUGGGACCACUCUCCGUUCAAAAAAAGACGCGCCAACUGACGCAGCGCACUCAGACCGAGCGAUUCGACCCUACACAGCUCACUAAGCCCAAUGAAUUGGUGCAAGAUGACCUUAGUGGACAAGAGAACGCGAACUUAACAACCAUUUGCCAAAAUAUCAACACUUUGCUAGGCAAAAUCCAAAUUGAGGGCCAAGAGGCUGUGGACACAAAGCUCAGUGAGAUGGAAGACGAACCAAAGGAAGAGACGAAGCAGAAGAUGAUGGCCGACCAUAAUGUUGCGGAUGAUGGCGGAGUUCCUCUUUUCCGCUUCUGUAUCAACCCGCAUUCAUUUGGCCAAAGCGUCGAGAAUCUUUUUUAUGUCAGCUUCCUGGUCCGAGACGGCAGUGUCGGUGUUAGCUCAGAUAGCCGUGAGCUACCAACUCUCCAUACUUCCCGCCCGUAUCAACCAAGUGACGCCCAAGCUCGGGGCAUACAGAAGCGCCAGGCCAUUUUCAGCCUCGAUUUUGAGACCUGGGAGCAGUUGGUGGAUGUAUUUAACAUCACAGAGUCGAUCAUUCCCCACCGCAAUGAGAGUGCGGAUGAGGCUGCGACAACUUGGUACGGUGGCCGCUGA